GUAGCGGCUCAUCCGAAUUAUUUCAUAAACGGGUCGUCAUUGUCAUAGUACGCUUUAUGUCACUUCGACUAGCGCACGGAACGUUCAAUUAAAGCAUCGUCGCGUAUUUGCGUAUGCUAUCUGCGUUGCACACAGACACAUUCACAAUAUAAUUACAUCGAAACAAGAACGCGCGCGUUUCAGUUUGUUCCUUGUCUCUUGGGGGAAAAAGUCUCGUGUCCGCAGUUUAAUAGUCGUGUGUUUGUUUGCGCCGAGAAACUUUUCUAAUAGACGUUCAAAAAAAAAUCAUUCUUUUCUCUAAUUUUCAUUUUCUUAAAAAAAAAAAUGUGGCAAUUCACAUUUUUUGCUCUAUUAAUAAUUGUAAUUGGUGGAGAAUGCGUUGUUCCUGAAGUUCAUACAAAAUUUGGACAAAUUCAGGGACAAUAUGAACAAAUCGAUUAUAAUAAUCAGAAUAAAUUUAUCACAUCAUAUUUGGGUAUACCAUUUGCAGAACCUCCUGUGGGUAAAUUAAGAUUGAAGAAUCCUGUGAAGUGGACGAAAAAUUACACAUCAAUUUUAACUGCUACUAAAAAUAAGCCAUUCUGUGUUCAAAUCGAUUAUAAUGGUGUAGUGACUGGAGAGGAAGAUUGCCUUUAUCUGAAUAUUUUUGUCCCUACAACAAAUGCAAAGCCAAAUACUACGUAUCCUGUAAUGGUAUUCAUCAGAGGCGGUAGUUUUAAUAUGGGAAAUACAAUUAGCGAUGAUUUCUCACCUAAAUAUCUUCUGCAUAAUGAUGUCAUUCUCGUCACCUUCAAUUAUCGACUCAACUUUUUAGGAUUUUACAGUACCGGAAAUGAGACUGCAGUGGGAAAUUAUGGAUUAAAAGACAUGGUGACAGUUUUAAAGUGGGUACAGGAAAAUAUAAAGGAUUUUUAUGGUAAACCUGAUUCUGUAACACUAUUCGGCAAUAGCGCUGGAGCAGCGGCUAUUCAUCACUUAGCACUUUCAAAAAAGACAAAAGGACUGUUUCAUAAAAUAAUUACAAUGAGUGGCACUGCCUUAGCACCAUGGGCCUAUCAUAGCGCAGAAAACAUUAAAAAUUCUUCACUAACUCUUGCGAAUUACGCUGGCUGUUACAACCAAACCUUUAAAACAUUGCCUGACAACAAAACUAUUGUGGACGAGAGUAAAAUAAAUCACAUUAAAAUUGUGGAAUGUAUGAUAGAGAAAAAUGUUACAGACCUCUUGAAAUUGACCCAAAAAUUCGCUAUUUGGAAAUAUUCGCCAAAUUGCAUUUUUGGACCAACAUCAGAGAUCGACAGUGAUGAUGCUGUGGUGACAAAAUCACCACGAAAAAGUAUAAAAGAUGGUGAUUUUCAUGAUAUCCCAUGGAUUAUGGGAGUGACUCAUGAUGAAGGUUUAGGCAUGGCGCUUUUUUCUGACAAAGAUAUUAAUGAAUUGACUUCAAAGUUCCUCGAUAUUGCUCCACAAGUUUUGGAAUAUCAAGAAGUCGUCAAAGAUAAAAAAAAUUUCUCUUUAGCAUUAGAUAAAUAUUACUUUGAAAAAAAUAUUACAGAGGAAAAUAAGAAAGUCAACUUGACUAAUAUGAUUGGUGACGCUGCAAUCUAUUGGCCAGUUUAUGAAACAUUACAAAAGCAGGGAAAUAAAUCAAAUGUUUUUUUCUAUCGUUUUGAUUAUGAAGGAACUUAUUCAGUAAUGGGACCGAAACCACGUCCAGCAGGUGUUGCUCACAUGGACGAUGUUCUAUACUUGUUCCCCUUUUUGGAAAGAAAUGCCAGUUUCAUAAAUGCAGGAGUAACUACAACCAGUGCUGAUGAUAAAGGAAUGAUUAAAUUGAUGACAGAAAUAUUUUCAAAUUUUGCAAAAGAGGGAAAGCCAAUAAGUGCUCAGUCAAUGGUAGAGUGGAAACCCUAUAAAGAUGGUGGCAAAUUCAUGAGGCUGAUAAAUGGAAAUUCAACUGUAAAUUCAAUGGAAAAUGAUUUUCUAGUCAAUAGAAUGAAAUUCUGGGAAUCAUUGUCAAGAAAUUUAACUGAAGUCGUCGAUGAAGAUAAAUCAAAAAAUUCAGCAUCAUUCACAAUGGAGAAAAAUUCCGUUUUUCUCUGUUUAUUAAUUUUCCUCGGUUUAUAUUAUAUUUAAAAUUACCCAGAUAGAUAAGAAUGCAUAUUAUAAAA